UUAUUAGUAAUCUGUGAUUAUAUUGUACCAGACCUACAAAGAUACAGUACAGAGUAGGUACCCCGGAGGUACUUACCUACCUAAGUACUUUACUCUUUGCUAUAAAACAUUUGAAAACACUACUAUCCAAUCCUAAACAAAACUGAUUAUCCAAAGCAACGAACGUGUUUUGUUUGUGUUUAAACUAAUAAAUUUUAAAUUUCUGCUUACUGUAAUAAUAAUAUGUACAUUAUUACAAACUAACAUUAGAGGCUCUCAGAAAUGGUCGUGUGCAAAUUUUUCCAACAAGGUUGUUGCCGUUUCGGGCAGAAUUGCAAAUUUGAACAUAUUUACGGAUCAAAAUACACCUAUCAUGCUAACAAUGUUCAAAGUCAGCCCCAAGUUCAACCUAGCGCUGUAACAGAUGAACAACUUUUGAACCAAGUGCAAUCGGACAUUCAGGCGGCACUAAAGGGAGGCCAAUGGCUACUGUCCAGUUACGCUCCGUUCAAAGAGAAGCCUGUAUUCCCAGGAAUAGCAGAUCUGUCGCCCGAGGAAGCUCGAUUAUUUAUCUAUGAAGCAAAAGCAAACAAUAAUUUGGAUCAAGCGGUGGCUUACAUGAAUAACAUGAUGAGAGAAAAUCAAACCAAAUAUGAACAACUAUUGCAGCCAACUCCUGAAAUAAUCAAAGUAUUGAGGAGCAUCUACAAAGGAGAAAUUGUCUCUUCUCCAUUUAUGAACACAGCACAAACAGGCUUCGGAAACUCUAGUAAUGCAUCAUCUAUAUUUCGUAGUGCAGCACAGAAUACUUCAGUCUUCGGACAGCCUCAACCCUUUGGAUCAUCAGAACAGCAACAACCAUUUGGAUCCCCCAAUGUUUUUGGCCAAUCACCUGACAAUUCAGCAGCCAAAUCCAUCUUUGCACAGGCAUCACAAAACACGUUCAAUCAAAACCCAGCUCCAAAUAAUAUUUUUGGGUCUCCAGUUGAAAAUACUGCUGCAAAAUCCAUAUUCUCUCAAGCCAGUCAAAAUAUCUUUGGCGGCAACCAGAAUGUUCAAAACCAAAGUAUAUUUGGUAGUCCAAAUCAGUCAGUAUUUGCAGCCGAGUCUAAUGCAUUUGGUCAACAAAAGGUGAAUCCAUUUAUGAAUGCUCCGACACCAUCAGAUCCGUUCAAGCAGAGCAAUGCUUCUCCAUUUGGACAGAACAUGUUACAAGAACAAAAACCGCCGUUGGGAAACGUUUUUCAACAGCAAACUGUGAAUGAUCCAGGAGUAUAUAGUAAAAUGGAGGAUUUAUCUAAAGAGGAUAUGGAAGCUUUUAGUAGUGAAGAAUUCAAAUUAGGAUUUGUCCCUGAAUUACCCCCACCUAGGGAGUUAUGCUUUUAAAUAAUAUUUUAUUCAAAGAAUCUAGUCCCUUUUGCAAAUUAAUGUAGUAAUUUAUGAUUUGUGCAUAGAUCAACAAAAAGAAAAAAUGAUUUACGAGUUCCACUGUUCUGAUUCUUAUUUUUUUAACUGUAAGUACUUUAACUCAUACAGCUGUGAUGAUAUUAUAAUUAGUGUAAUUUCAAAUUUUGCCCUAUCACACAAGGACAAAUCAAGUCAAUCGGCUAAUAGAAAAGCUUAUUGUAUUUGAUAAAAUUAAAGUUUAAUCAAGUUAAAUGAUUAUUCAAGUAUUUUCGCAUAUAGUGAGACACACUGACAAACACACUGCACAUUUCAGUUAUAAGUAGUUGGGUUUGCUCCCGCGCGUAACUUAAAUUUAAAUUAUGUUGUUUUUCAGAUUUUAAGCUGAAAGUGUAGUCGGUGACGCAUAGAAAAUAAAUUAUGUUACAUAUU